AUGAGAGUAUCUGUAAAUCAGCAGAAUUUACCACAAUUUUUUGAAAACAAAUCAGGCUUAGUAAAUAAUAUAAAAAAAGCUGAAAUUAAGUUGGUUGGUUUUUUAGCUACCACUAACUUGCCUUUCACUUUGAUGGAUACAUUAUGUCCUCUAUUAAAACAUAUAGCUCCCGAUUCGGAAAUAUUAAAAGACAUAGCUACUAAACGUACAAAGGCGACUGAAAUAAUGAAAUUAACAAUUGAAAAACACUUUAAGUUAAAACUUUCAGAAAAAUUAAUUACCCCUGGCUAA